CACUGCAUCUACAGUCGUAGGUAGUGAACGGUAGACAGUGCUUUCAUCUGAGUCAUCUUGUUAGUACCUUACGAGUUACGAGUGAUUGGUCCAUAGAAGAUAACUUGUGGUCAGGAUCAUCAUGCAAAAUUAUUGUUUAGAACCAUAAGGAUUACAAGUAAUGCUGCUUUCAAACCCAUUAUGUACGUACUUUGAAAAGUGCAGAAGUCAGACAAUCAAGCACAGGUUUUUUGCCCCUCUGAUCAGAGGCAUUGCACUGAUUCCUUUGCGUUGAUACUGCACGACCAAUAAAAAUGCAAAGACUGAUGGAAUCAAAAGAAAUGGCUUAUUUCAACUUCGUAGAGUGCUUCAUGGAGUUGCUGCUCUCUAAUGUUGAGCCAUACUCUGGCAUUGCCCUGGUGCGUUACAAGGGAAAAAAGGACCUGGAUGAAAUCCUUCACUGGGCAUGGGACAAUUAUCAUUUUGAUUGUGAUGCUUUGGAACCAUCGGUGAAGUCUGAAGAUGAAGCCGAGCGCUUGCGAUUUGCAGGUGAUUUACAUUUUCAAAUGAAGAGUUAUAAUAGAGCCCUGGCAUUCUAUAAUCUGAGUAUCAUGGCUGCACCUCAUCCAGUGUUGAGUAAUGAAGAGGUUGAAGGAAGUGAAGACAACACAACAGAGUUUGCCUUUCCUCGCAUCGACCCUGCCAGGUAUGGUGGCGUAGCCCUAGAGAGAUGUACUGCCUUGGGGAAAGGAUUUGCAAGUAGAUCAGCUUUUAUGUUUGAAUUUGAAGACUAUGAGAAAUGUUUGCAAGAUAUUGAUCUGGCUCUAGAGUACGGAUGUCCAGAAGAACUACGUCCUCAGCUUGAGGAAAGACAGUUAAAGUGCCAAGCAGCGCAAAGGAAGGUUGGACGCCCAGACUGCAGGACAAGACGUUUGGCUGCAGAUAAUCCAUUUUUAGUGAUGCUAAGGGAAUCCAUGAAGGAGCGAUUAUACCGUUCAGGUUUCUGA